UGGUCCGCGCUGUUAGAAAAACCUUCGGGAGUUUGCAGAACUUUACUCCUUGUGUUGGACUUCUGCUGACGGGCUGCGGACAGGCUGCUGGACCUCUGCUGACGGGCUGUGGACGAGGCAUCGGCUGCACCAUGCUGAGAGCUGUGCUGGGGAAAGUCUGCGCCAGGGCGUCGCACGUGCCUCUGGGCGUCCAGAUCGGCAGGUUUUCUGCUGCAGCCCUUCCAGCCCCCAACCCCAAUCCAGAUGUUCGCUAUAACCAGCUCUUCAUAAACAAUGAAUUUCAAGAUGCAGCCAGCAAGAAGACCUUCCCCACCAUCAACCCUUCCACUGGAGAGGUCAUCUGUCACGUGGCGGAGGCCGAUAAGGUGGAUGUUGACAAGGCUGUGAAAGCUGCACGCGAAGCUUUUAAGCUGGGAUCACCAUGGAGGAGAUUGGAUGCCUCACAAAGAGGAGUCCUGCUAAAUAGGCUGGCGGAUCUUAUCGAGAGGGACAGGGCUAUCCUCGCUAAUUUGGAAACUCUGGACAAUGGAAAGCCUUAUGCCAUAUCCUAUGCAGUGGAUCUGGAUCUUGUAAUAAAGUGUUUGAGAUAUUAUGCUGGAUGGGCCGACAAGUGGCAUGGAAAAACCAUUCCAAUUGAUGGAGACUAUUUCACCUACACCAGGCAUGAACCAGUUGGGGUUUGUGCACAGAUCAUACCGUGGAAUUUCCCUCUUCUGAUGCUUGCCUGGAAAUUUGGCCCAGCACUGGCUACUGGGAAUGUCAUCGUCAUGAAGGUUGCUGAACAGACACCCCUCACAGCUCUCCAUGUUGCCAGCUUGGUGAAGGAGGCUGGAUUCCCUCCAGGUGUGGUUAAUAUCGUCCCUGGCAUGGGUCCCACAGCAGGUGCUGCCCUUUCUUCUCACAUGGAUGUGGACAAAGUUGCUUUCACUGGCUCUACAGAGGUGGGCCGUUUAAUCCAGCAGGCAGCUGGGAAAUCCAACCUGAAGAAGGUAACACUUGAGCUUGGAGGAAAGAGCCCCAACAUCAUAUUCUCAGAUGCUGACUUGGACUGGGCUGUGGAGCAGGCCCAUUUUGCCCUGUUCUUUAACCAAGGACAAUGCUGUUGUGCUGGCUCUCGCACAUACGUUCAGGAGGAUAUCUACAACGAGUUUGUGGAGAGGAGUGUCCAUCGCGCAAAGAACAGAGUUGUGGGGAACCCAUUUGACUUCAAAACUGAACAAGGACCACAGGUGGAUGAGGAACAGUUUAAAAAGAUCUUGGGCUAUAUCAAAUCUGGAAAACAAGAAGGUGCCAAGUUGCUGUGUGGUGGGAGCCCUGCUGCAGACCGCGGAUACUUUAUUCAACCAACAGUUUUUGGAGAUGUGUCUGACAAUAUGACCAUUGCUAGAGAGGAGAUUUUUGGACCAGUAAUGCAAAUUUUAAAAUUUAAAACAAUUGAAGAUGUUAUUGAGAGAGCAAACAGCUCAAUGUAUGGUCUGGCUGCAGCGGUUUUCACAAAAGAUAUUGAUAAAGCUAACUAUGUGUCCCAGUCACUGCGAGCUGGAACAGUUUGGGUCAACUGCUAUGAUGUCUUUGGAGCUCAAGCACCAUUUGGCGGUUAUAAAGCUUCUGGCACAGGAAGAGAGCUCGGGGAGUAUGGCUUGGAGGCAUACACAGAAGUGAAAAAUGUGACCAUUAAAAUUCCUCAGAAGAAUUCAUAAAAGUCUUGAAGUCACAAGAUGAUGAUGAUUUGCUCCUUCUAGCAAUGUGAAGCUGUCUUAGACUAUACAUUUUGAGACGUUAUCUUGGAAAAACUGCUAACCUUUUACUAAAUGGAACGAAGUUCCUCCGCUUGUCUGUUCUUCCUGUGUGUUUUAUAAGGUGCAUUAACUUGGCACGUUCUGCAUUUAACACUGUAUGGCUUUCCCUUGGGUUGAUACGGCUUUCAGCCAUGUGGCUUGUACAGUUGAGGCUUAUAAUGUCAAUGUACUUCAUCUGUACAAGCCAAAAACUAAGGCAACCUGCGGUAAAAUUACAUAUAGAUGUUUUUUAAUGGUCAAAAACCUCCCAUGUAAGUGCGCCCUUAGAAUACUAUUGGUUGUUGGUGUUGCUGUGCCCCAUUUAUUCAGUAAUAAGAUUGUGCAGUAAAGUAGAACAUUCAGCACUUAUUUCUCUAAAGCUUUGUACAAGGUUUUCAGAUGCCUUGCAGCUUCCUUCAUCCUGAGCAACUAUAUUGUUACAAUAAAGCUCAUUUGACAAAUGCC